AUGGCUCGUGGCCUCCACAAGAACGAGGAAGAUGCUUUUGGAGAAGACGAAGGAGAGGACGUGUCAGUCAAAGACAAGGCACAUGUGUCAAGAUCCAAAGAUAAGCCCAGCAGACGGCGCGACAGCGUCACAAGUGCGACCCUGGGUUUCGACGACUCGGAUGAUUUUUGUGCGCCAACGUCUCUACAGGCAUCCGAGCAGGCGAUCCUCACCUUGCGAAGGUGCGUCUUGAAAUAUCGCAUUACUUCCGCCGGUCCCAUGGACCCUUACGUGCAGGAGCUGCUCGGACCCGCCAAGGCUCGAGCUGUGCUGGCAGAUGAGAACCGUCUGAAGCUGCUGAUGGAAUCGGUGGAUGCAGAUCCGAGGCAUGAGGAGGCCGGACAGAAAGCCAGGGGGCUUUUCCGAAAAGUGCACGCGGCAAUGAAGUUGAAGAGGCACGAGGAAGAGCCUGCUGACGAAGCGAGGCAGGUAGAUGAUCUCGCCGUCCUCCCGCCCGAUGAUCCGAACAAGAGGACGAAGCGGAACUCUCGUCGUGACUCUCGCCGUCGCUCUUCACAAGAGGCAGCCAAAGUGGCCGGAGCGCCCAAAAGCCCAAAGAAAACACGUCGAGCAUCUGCGGCCGGGCAGGACAAGGUGGAACUCCCCGCUGUGUCUUCCCCCAAGAAGCGAGCCUGA